AUGGACUACCAAAACCGUGCCGGCUCCAAAUUCGGCGGCGGCGGCGUAGCCUCCCACUCAGCCACCAACGCCGACCGCCGCGAGCGCCUCCGCAAGCUCGCCCUCGAGCAAAUCGACCUCGACAAGGACCCCUACAUCUUCAAGAACCACCUCGGCUCCUUCGAGUGCCGCCUCUGCCUGACGGUCCACCAGAACGACGGCUCCUACCUCGCCCACACCCAGGGCAAAAAGCACCAGACCAACCUCGCCCGCCGCGCCGCCAGGGAACAAAAAGAGGGCAAAGGGGAAAUCGAUCCCACUACCGGCUUACCUGUCGGAGUCGUCGGCGCCGGCUUUGCUGCCUUGGGUCUUGGUGCUGGUGGGCCGAGGAAGAAUGUUGUCAAGAUUGGGAGGCCGGGGUACAAAAUCACAAAGGUCAGAGAUCCGAUCACGAGACAGCAGGGCUUGCUGUUUCAGCUGCAGUAUCCGGAUAUCGGGGUGGGAGUUACGCCCAAGUGGCAGGUCAUGAGUGCGUUUACGCAGAGGGUGGAGGAGCCGGAUAGGAAUUUUCAGUAUCUUCUCGUCGCGGCGGAACCGUACGAAACCUGCGGGUUCAAGAUCCCUGCCAGGGAGCUGGACAAGAGGGAGGACGGGAGGCAGUUUGAGUUUUGGGAUCCGGAUAGCAAGGAGUAUUGGGUGCAGAUCAUGUUUAUGACGGAGAGAGAGGAGAGGUUCAAUGCCGCGCCGGGCUUGACGGGGAGGCGGUAG